ACGGCGCCAGUAGCAACUUUCCCGCGCUUCCAGCACUGCAGCCAAUCGCUAUUUUUGCCAAAAUUACUUUUUUUAGAGCUCCUUUUGGCAACUUGUGUAGUGUUUGUAGCUGCAGUCUUUGCUAGGGUUCUGCCGCUGCGCCACCACACAUACGCCAUGGAAAUUCAUCAAAUUGCUCAGCUCCUCAACCAAACACUGAGCCCUGACGGUGCCGUCGUCCAUGUCGCCAUGGAUGCUCUCGAUCGCCUCUCUACUCUCCCAAACUUUCCGUUCAGUCUGCUAUCUAUCGCCACAGGAGGUGAGAACGGAGGUCAGAAAGUAGCUGGAGCCACAUAUCUCAAGAACUUCAUUAGACGAAGAAUCGAAUCUACAGAGACAAAUUUAGAAAUCACCAAAGCGUUUAGAGAUGCACUUGUAUGUGCUUUGCUUCAAGCGGAACCUACGGCUCUUAAAGUAUUAGUUGAAGCUUUUCGCUCAAUCGUUGCAGUUGAGUUCGUGAAGAAGGAUUCCUGGCCUGAGCUUGUGCCUGAGCUGAGGUCCGUCAUUCAGCGUAGCGAUCUUAUUGAUAAGAAUCCCAGUUCUGAAUGGAAAACCAUCAAUGCGCUCACCAUUCUUCACUCACUCAUUAGACCCUUCCAGUACUUUCUGAAUCCAAAACUUGCGAAGGAGCCGGUUCCACCACAGCUAGAGCUUAUUACAAGAGAGAUCCUUGUACCCUUACUUGCUGUAUUUCACCUCUGCAUCGAAGAGGUAUCAGAUGCCCAACAUACAACAGAAAUGCAGACGGGAACUAUCCUUCUCAUCAUAUGCAAGUGCGUCUAUUUGGCGGUGAGAUCUCACAUGCCGUCUGCCUUGGCUCCUUUGCUUCCUUCUAUUUGUCAAGAUCUGAUACGGAUUCUGAAUUCUUUAAGUUUAAAUGAUGGUUCGACUUGCAAAGAUGGAUAUUCAUUGAGGAUGAAGACUGCAAAGAGAAGUCUGCUAAUUUUCUGUGCUCUAAUCUCCAGGCAUCGAAAGUUUGCUGACAAACUGAUGCCUGAUAUGGUGAAAUGCGUUUCAGAAAUUGUCAAGCAUAGCAAAAUCAUCAAUAAAUUGGAUUCACUGUCAGAAAGGAUUAUUUCAUUAGCCUUUGAUGUUAUUUCUCGUGUUCUAGAGACAGGUCCGGGAUGGCGACUGGUUUCACCCCACUUUUCUUCCUUGCUGAACUAUGCAAUCUUCCCAGCUCUUGUGAUGAAUGAGAAGGACACAGCAGAGUGGGAAGAAGAUCCAGAUGAGUACAUAAGGAAAAAUCUUCCCUCAGACCUUGAAGAAAUUUCUGGAUGGAGAGAUGACCUGUUUACAGCAAGGAAAAGUGCUUUAAACUUGCUUGGUGUUAUUUCAUUAUCAAUGGGACCUCCAGUCAAGACUUCUACAGCUUCAUCAAAGCGUAAGAAAGGAGAUAAACAUAAAAGAAAAGGUUACAGCACGAUGGGGGAGUUGUUGGUGCUUCCGUACUUGUCAAAGUUUCCUGUUCCCACUGAUAACGGAGAAAACACAGUAAAUGAGUAUUAUGGAGUCCUGAUGGCCUAUAGCAGCCUUUUGGAUUUUCUAACAGAGCAGAAGCCUGGAUUUGUGGAAACUCUAGUCAGAACUCGGGUGCUACCACUGUAUGAAACAUCAAUUCCUCAACCAUAUUUGAUUGCCUCUGCAAACUGGGUCCUAGGAGAGCUUGCUUCAUGUCUUUCUGAUGGUAUGAGUGCUGAUAUUUAUUCUUCAUUAGUGAAAGCGUUAACAAUGUCAGAUAUAGGGGGUGUUUCUAGUUAUCCUGUGCGGGUGACAACUGCUGCUGCCAUUGCCCAACUUGUAGAAAAUGAGUACAUGCCACCUGAGUGGUUACCUCUUCUUCAAGUGGUUUGUCAUAGGAUUGGUGAUGAAGAAGAAGAUAGCUCCAUUUACUUUCAGCUUCUAAGUACUAUGGUCGAGGCUGGAAAUGAAAAAAUUGCACCUCAUAUUCCAGAUAUUGUUUGUCUGUUGGUUAGAGAAAUCUCAAAGAAGUUACCUUUAGAUCUGGAGCCAUGGCCUCAGAUGGUGGAACAGGGCUUUGCAUCACUAGCAGUGAUGGCUCAGUGUUGGGAAGACUCUGCAUCAGAAGAAAAUGAGCAGGAUGGUUCAAGUCAAUUGUGGCGUUCUGGUCAGGCAACCAUGAUGAGAGCAUUUUCAGAUCUCCUACAGCAUGCCUGGCUAAGAUCUGCUCUACGGAUGGAACCUGAGGUUGCCUUGUCAGUGCCCCCUGCAUCAUGUGUCGAUGAUUGUUCCACGUUGCUUGGUUUCAUUUUGCAAGGAAUUACCGAAACUGAUGAUCUUUUGAAGCUAAAGGUCUCAGAGCUGAUGCUGGUCUGGUCAGAUCUCAUAGCUGAUUGGCAUGCAUGGGAGGAGAUAGAGGAUUUAUCUAUUUUUAACUGUAUCAAGAAAGCUGUUAGUCUAGACAGGAAAUUUGCUUUGAAGAAUUUUCUUGUGGGGAAGUUGCCGUUGCCUCCUGCUCCUCAAAAAUCCAUCCUUGAAGGAAUUGGUGCAUUCAUUACAGAAGCUUUCUCACAGUAUCCAUCUGCAGUAUGGAGGGCAGCUUCUUGUGUCCACAUUCUGUUACAUAAUCCCAGUUACUUACCUGAAGGAGACGAUUUCAAGCAAUCAUUGGUGAUAUCCUUGUGUCACGCAGCAUUUUCUCGUUUUAGAGAGCUUAGAAGCAAGGCUGUCCCUCUAUGGAAACCUUUGUUGCUUGCAAUAGCGUCAUGUUAUUUAUGUUUCCCGGAUAUGGUAGAGAAUAUUCUAGAGGGCAUCGAACAUGAAAGCGUUACAGUCUUUCUAUCCGCUUUGGCAAUUAUCUCAACAAGCAAAUUUGAGCAUAGUUUGUCAUCAGAGUCUGAGAUCAAGUUGGCUGUGAUGACACUCGCACAAUCUCUUGACAAGCUGAUAGUAUGGCUNCAAGGUAUGUUCUAUUUGUGGAACAGUAACAUUGACUCCGAAGAUGAUGAACUCGAAGAAACUGAAGAAGAGUUCUUGGAGAGAUGCGCCAAGACAGCCGUAGAAAUGGAAAAUGGGACCAUUGUGGAAGGAGAUGUAGAAGAUCAAGAGCAAGAAAUUGAACUGGGUUGUCUGGAAGAUGUGGAUCUGGAGAGCACUGUGCUUUCGGUAAUUGAAAGAUAUCACCAAGUGCUUUUACGGCUACAGUUGCCACCAGAACUGACUUCAAGUUUCUUGGAGGCCUUUCCUCAAUGUAAAUUAUACUUUCAACAACCUCAGCUAUAGGAUUUCAUACAUGCUCUUCGCAUUCCUCUUUUUUUCAAACCCCGAUUGCUGUAAUUCUUGUUGUUCGGUGUGCUGUUGGUGGUUGAUUAUUUUGUUUAUUCUUGUAUUGGCCCUGCUGUUGUGCUGAAGUUGGGCUGUUCUAUGUAAAAGUCUCAUAACUAUUGGAGUGCCACUCGGAGUCAUUUGUAUUUAUCAGACAUCUUUGUCAAAAAGCUGCAGUUGGUCCAAAAGAUUGAAUAGGUCAACAGUGAAAGAGAAGUUAAAUUUGGGAAGUUCAGAUCUCCUAAACAUGUAUCCAUUUGUUCGAAUUAGUUUGUUCCUAAGCAGAAAUGGUGUUCUUUUUACUGUAAAAGAAAUUUAUUGUUUGGCUUUGGUGAGCUC